GAAGCUUUAUGUUUGAGGGGGGUAAUCGUUAAAAGAAAUAAAAAUGAAAGGAAAAAGCACGUGUUUUUAUGUAGAAAAUUGAUGGACAUUUUAAAAAUAUUUUUUAAUCAAAAACUUAAAAAUAAAAUAAUCAAAAAUCUCUAUUUUAUGGACACAAAAAAUAUUUUUCUAAAUUAAAAAAAUAUUUUUGCAGGGAAUGAGCAUAAAUUGCAGCAUAAACCUCAAAGAAAACGAAAUUAAUGAAAAUAAAAAUAUUGUUGAGAAUAGUAAUGUUGCUAUAGUUGAUUGUUGCCAAUCACCUAGUUAUUCGGCUACCAACAAUUUUUUGAAUGUAUCACAUCCAAUGGUUAGGCAAUCCUCUGAUACUACACAGAAUCGGAGAGGUAGAAAGCUAAGUCGAUCAUCUGCCUUUGAUAAUGGUGAACCUGGUACUUCUACCACAGGUGGAACUCAACGGGAUAGGCCUGCUACUUCCUGUCUUGGACAGAAUGAGAUGAGAUUUUGUUCUCCUACACAAUGUACAAAUGUAAUACAAAUGACAAACGUUGUUGACACUCAAGAUGGUAGCAGUGACUACAUUCAAUUAAAUCAGUACAAGCUUAUGGAGGAGAUUGCCCAGGGCUCUUACAGUAUUGUCAAACUGGCAUAUAACGAGCAGGAUCGAAAUUUGUAUGCGUUGAAGGUGCUUGACAAAUUGAAGUUGGUCAAAAACUUUGCCUGUUUUCGUCCUCCACCUCUCCGAAAGUGUGGAGGAAGUACACAAAACAAUCCUCCAACCUCCCAACAGUCAUUAUCUGUACACAGAAACCCUUUGCAAUUAGUGCAACGAGAAAUUGCCAUAUUAAAGAAACUUGCACAUCCAAAUGUUGUUAAACUAGUGGAGGUACUAGACGAUCCUCAGGAUAAUUUCCUCUAUAUGGUCUUCGAAUAUAUGGAAAGGCGUUCUUUAAUGGAAUUACCUACUCAAAACCCGUUGAAUGAACAAUUAGCUUGGAAAUAUUUUAGAGAUACACUUAAAGGAUUGGAAUACCUCCACUAUCAGAAAAUUGUACAUCGCGAUCUCAAACCCUCAAAUUUACUUUUAUCAGAGUCUAAUUCUAUUGCCGAUUUUGGUGUUUCUUGUGAAUUUGAAGGAAUUGAUGCUUUUUUGACUGGGACUGCUGGUACCCCAGCAUUUAUGGCCCCGGAGGCACUCUCAGAAAAUUCAAAUCAAUUUUACAGCGGACGUGCUCAGGAUAUUUGGUCGCUUGGAAUUACUUUAUAUGCACUUGUUUUUGGAAAUGUGCCUUGGUAUGACCCUUAUGUUAUUGCUCUCUACAAAAAAAUAAAAAAUGACCCAGUAACACUUCCAGAGAAUAUACCAAUUAGUGACCCUCUCAAAGGGUUAAUACUUGGAAUGUUAUGUAAAGACCCAGGAUUGAGAUACGACAUUAUGCAGGCAAAUAUUUUAUUUUUUUAUUAA